GUGGGCCGUGACGUCACGUCCGUCUGGACGCCAUCUUGCUGGUUUGCGGCAGGUCUUGGAUGUAGUGGCAGCAGUGGUGAGGCGUGGGGAAGGGUGGGGUGAGGGGGCGAGGCCGCGGCGAGUGCGGCGAAACUUUCCUCCCCUCAGCCCCACCGCGUGGGACGGCGUGUGCGCGGUGUCGGAGGGAUGUCCGCCUUCUCAGAGGCGGCGCUGGAGAAGAAGCUGUCGGAGUUGAGCAACUCGCAGCAGAGCGUGCAGACCUUGUCUCUGUGGCUUAUCCACCACCGCAAGCACUCGCGGCCCAUCGUCACCGUGUGGGAGCGGGAGCUGCGUAAAGCCAAACCAAACAGGAAGCUUACUUUUCUCUACCUAGCCAAUGAUGUCAUUCAGAACAGCAAAAGGAAGGGGCCGGAGUUUACAAAAGAUUUUGCACCAGUUAUAGUGGAGGCUUUUAAGCAUGUUUCAAGUGAAACUGAUGAAAGUUGUAAGAAGCACCUUGGAAGAGUGUUAUCUAUUUGGGAAGAAAGGUCUGUUUAUGAAAAUGAUGUAUUAGAACAACUUAAGCAAGCUCUGUAUGGAGAUAAGAAGCCUAGGAAGCGAACUUAUGAACAGAUAAAGGUGGAUGAAAAUGAAAACUGUUCCUCUCUGGGCUCUCCAAGUGAACCACCACAGACUCUAGAUCUCGUUAGAGCAUUACAAGAUCUGGAAAAUGCUGCUUCGGGUGAUGCAGCAGUUCAUCAGAGGAUAGCUUCUUUGCCUGUUGAAGUCCAAGAAGUAUCCCUACUAGAUAAAAUAACAGAUAAAGAAUCUGGAGAAAGGCUUUCUAAAAUGGUAGAGGAUGCUUGUAUGUUGCUGGCAGAUUACAAUGGCAGAUUGGCGGCUGAAAUAGAUGAUAGGAAACAACUCACUCGAAUGUUAGCAGAUUUUCUUCGUUGUCAAAAGGAAGCCCUUGCAGAGAAAGAGCAUAAAUUGGAAGUAUUGGACAUGGGCGUAUCUUCUAACGAUGUCAUCAUCAUUAGCAUAUUCUUCCUGCUAAAAAUAAAUAUCAAACUCCAAAGCCUGUAUUGUCUCAUGUUUUUGAAAAUGGAAGACUGCAACUUUAUUCUGCUUUAUACUGCUUUCUCACUUAAGUUGGUUAUUUAUCACUUGUUACAAAAAUAGAAUUUAUGUUUGAAAUGUUAAGUGUAAAAAAUAGAUCAGGUACCACCCCCACCCCCUCUUUUCCUAGUGCCUUCCAGCCAGAUUUCAUAGUUGAUGGUAAUAGGGGGUGAGGCUGAUGAUGAUAAUAUUUACCAGGUGUUUAGGUAUUAUUCUAAGCACUUCACAUAUAUCAACUCAUGUAGUCCUAUAUAGCAGGAAGUAUUAUUAUCCCCAUUUUAAAGGUAGGAAACUAAGGCACAGGAAGAGUAAAUAACUUGCCCAAGGUCACAGUGAGGUAGUGAAUUAUUUAGAACCCAGGGAAUCUGCUGCUAAAAAGACAUACUUGCUCUAAAAAGACAUACUGCCUCUAAAAAGACGUACUUUACUAAAGAAAUGAUAAGAUUACAGCAAAAGCUAAGCCCUGUCUCCAGCUGUUGCUGUUGCUUCCCUCCUCAGAGGUAAUCACUCUUGAAAUAAAAUCUUCUAGGAACUUUUUUUUUCCCAAGCAUGACUGGAUUUUACCAUAAAGAAAUCACCUAAAUUAUAUUAAACAUUUUUUACAAGAAAUACUUAGGUUUAAACAAGUUAUUUCACAGAACUCUUUGUAAUUAUCAUUUAUAACAGUAAUGCCUUUGCCAGAAGAAAAUGUUUUGAGAUAUUUCGAUGUUAUUUGUACUAAAUAGGUGGCAUCACUUUAAAGCUGAGACUAAGAGGUCAAGAUUUAUACUUAGCAUAUGAGCUGUGACAUCAUCAAAUAGUUUUAGGCAUUUUUGAACAUAUCUGUGAUUGAUCAGGUAUUGAUGUGUCUUUGUUUUAUUUCAUUUUGUUCUAAAAAUGGGACAUAAAUUUAAAGUGCCAGUUCAGGAAUUGGCUGUUUCACACUUUCUAAGUAGACUGCUAUAAAAGCAUUUGUUAUGAAUGAAAACAAAGUAUUUAAAAUUUUGGAAAUUAUGAAUCUUUUUUUUGAAACUUGGGGAUAACUAGCUGAUUAUUAAGUAGAUAACUUAAAAUAGACUUGAUAAAUGUAAUUUAUAAAAAAUAUUUCAUAUAACAACCAUAGAUUGUUAUUGGAAUCAUAUUUCAUCAUUCAGAAGUUGACAUUAUUACUAAAUUGUUCACCUAGCUUAUUUUGGAUAGGGGGCUUAAAAUGACUUUUUUUUAAAUUGGGGAACAGAGUGUUUCUCCAGGGCCCAUCAGCUCCAAGUCAAGUCGUUG